ACAACCCCUAUAACAGUUCGCCCUAUUGGUAAAGCGCCCAAACGGACUAUUCCAGUCCAGGAUAUCACAACAAAAUUGCGUUCAGUCUAUCGGCAACAUCCAGACAAUCCAUACGGUAACCCGGAUCCGCGCAAGGAUCGAUAAGGCCGAAAAUCGCUUGUGAGCACAUGCUCCCCAUAUUGAUUAAAUCCACGGAAACUUGCUUACAUUUGCCCGAGACCUUUUCGCCACUUUUCACCAAAAUUGCGAUGGGUUAAUGGGCCAUUAAGCCAUUGUGAACGUCCAAUUAGUACCGUGCGAUACAGUUUUCGGGAACAUUUGCUGUGGACUCAGUGUUUGAUCGUUGAUGGCUGGCAAAACACCGGAACUGACCCGGAAUGGGCACGAAUUGGCCCCAUUGAACAAUCGGCAAGCCGACUGUGAGCCCCGCAAACCUGGAGUGACGAUUGUGCUUCAGGGACCCAGAGGUUCGGUGAUUUCCAGAGGAUCGCAAUGUCUCGACCAGGACCAGGACAAUGUGGCGUGGUCUGGGAAGAUUCAGUUCUUCCUCACCAUAAUCGGCUAUUCAGUCGGGUUGGGGAACAUUUGGCGGUUUCCUUAUUUGUGCCAGCAGAAUGGCGGAGGUGCAUUCCUCAUCCCAGUGGCCGUGAUGUUAAUCCUCGAAGGUAUUCCGUUGUUCCUGAUUGAACUGGGAAUUGGCCAGAAGAUGCGCUUGGGCUCGUUGGGCGUCUGGAACACCAUCCAUCCAUGGUUGGGAGGUAUUGGAAUUUCCAGUUGUUUGGUUACGUUUUUCGUCGCACUCUAUUACAACGUGAUUAUCACAUGGUGUUUUUAUUACUUGUUUAACAGUUUUCGGCUGGAACUCCCAUGGCAAAACUGCCCAUUUGACCCUCUAACAAAUCAAACGGUUGCUGAGUGCGAAAAAUCGUCAGCAACCGCAUAUUUUUGGUAUCGAGUCACUCUGGAUGCCAGCCCUUCUAUCGAUGCAGGUGGAACUCCGAAAUGGUGGAUUGUUUUGUGUCUAUUGCUAGCCUGGAUUGUGGUUUUCUUCAUUGUCAUGAAAGGCAUUCAAAGUUCUGGAAAGGUUGUGUACUUUACUUCGAUAUUUCCCUACUUGGUGCUGACGAUUUUCUUCAUUGAGGGCAUGACGUUAAAAGGGGCAGGCGCUGGACUGGCUCACAUGCUCAAACCUAAAGUUCAUAUGCUGAAAGAACCCAAAGUAUGGCUGGACGCAGCCACUCAAGUUUUCUACUCAUUUGGGCUGGCCUUUGGAUCGCUGAUCGCCUUCGGCUCCUACAACAAUCCAAAGAACAACUGCAUUCGAGAUGUGAUUUUGGUCUCUAUAUGCAAUGCGAUGACGGCCAUCUACGCCAGCGUGGUGAUUUUUGCGAUUUUGGGCUUCAAAGCCGUUAACAAAGUGGAAGAGUGCCUGCUUACGGCCAAUAUUACCAAGGCCGACUGUUCGCUGGAAAAGGAGCUGGAUCAAGCCGCUGAAGGCACCGGAUUGGCUUUCAUCGUCUUCACUGAGGCGAUUGUUAAACUGCCAUUGGCUCCCUUCUGGGCCAUUCUGUUCUUCGUUAUGCUGCUCUCGUUGGGCAUUGGCUCUCAGAUUGGGAUGCUCGAAGGCAUGUUGUGCACCAUUUUCGAUAUUGAGAUUUUAAAGCGCGUUAGCAAGCAGUACAUUACAGGCACAGUUUGCCUGAUUUGCUUCUCUAUCGGCAUAAUCUUCACAACUGGUGCCGGAGAAUAUUGGCUGACAAUGUUCGAUUCUUUCGCUGGCACCAUUGGCCUGAUCGUUCUCGCUUUGAUGGAAAUGAUCGCUGUAAUGUACGUGUACGGCCACGAAAGGUUUACCAAAGACAUUUACGAAAUGACUGGCACUAAACCCGGGCUUUACUGGCAGGUUACUUGGAGGUUUUUAGCACCGGGAAUAAUGAUUGUUAUUCUGGUUUCCUCCAUUAUUUCAAUGGUGAUUACCCAUCCGGAAUACUCCACAUGGAGCGCUGAAAAGGGCGCCACUGUAAAAACGCCCUAUCCAGGCUGGGUGCUGGUCAUAGCAGGCGCUAUGGUUUUGGCAGGCAUUCUGCCCAUUCCCAUAGUGUUCCUUUUGCGCCGAUACCAAAUCCUGAAGAUGGACAUUAACAUCCACGAGGGCUCGAUCCGAAGAAUCGAUACGACUGUAUCGACCAAGGAAAUGAUCACCGAUGUGGACCUCGACGAGGAGGACGACAAUGGGCCCUUGUCAAUAUAUGGAGAAUCGUCGUCCUCUGAUGAAGAAGGGCCGCCGCUUAGCGUCGCUUAUGGCCGCAACUUUCGCAUGAAAGUCAUCAGAGAGUAGGGAGAUGUCUUAACAUUAUUCAUGAAAAACGUUCUGUUAUUUUCGAAACGUUCCGCAAUCGAACGUUUCGAUCGUAUUGCCCAGGUUUAGUUGCAGGGUGACAUCAGGGAGGCACUGGAGGCAGUUAUUCAGAUUUACCGCCAGAAUUAUGUCCUCAAGAAGGUCCUCCUCUAGUGCUCUAGAUAUAGGCAAGGACAGACGGUGUGUGAUGUUCUGCUCUUGUUAUGGCAAUCAGGGAAUUGCUCACGUUCCACUUCUUUAUAUGAGCGCAACUGGGUGGAGAAAUCGGUGAUAGUAAUUCUAGGAUCGGUUCCAUGUCACCUUGCAUGUUAUCUAUUUUUCUAUGUCCGAAAAUGUGAUAAUAUUUGUAGGAAAGUAUCAGUUUUGUUCCCAUUCACUUCAAAUGUUUAGAGCUUUGUACAAAACAAAGGGGUUUCUAUUUCUGCAGCCAACUCGUUUUCUGGGGCGUUGCACCUCAUUAUUAUGCCAAUAUUUAAUAAAUAGAUAAGUACAUAAAGUGA